AAACAGCUAUUGAGGAAAAAACACUGGGUACACGCCGCUAGAAGCUCCUGGAGAAUUUUGUGUUCCACAGUCUCCGAAGAAAAAUUGGGCGGGGGUUCGUCCGCUCAUUGCCAAGUUUUCGAGGCAGUGGAAAACAAGAGUUGGGACAUGGACAGCCGCUUGCAGGAGAUCCGGGAGCGGCAGAAGUUACGGCGACAGCUUCUCGCGCAGCAGUUGGGAGCUGAAAGUGCUGACAGUAUUGGUGCUGUGUUAAAUAGCAAAGAUGAGCAGAGAGAAAUUGCUGAAACAAGAGAAACUUGCAGGGCUUCCUAUGAUACCUCUGCUCCAAAUGCAAAACGUAAGUAUCAGGAUGAAGGAGAGACAGAUGAAGACAAAAUGGAAGAAUAUAAGGAUGAAUUAGAACUGCAACAGGAAGAAGAGAAUUUGCCAUAUGAAGAAGAGAUUUACAAAGAUUCUAGUACUUUUCUUAAGGGAACACAGAGUUUAAAUCCCCAUAAUGAUUACUGCCAACAUUUUGUAGACACCGGACAUAGACCUCAAAAUUUCAUCAGAGAUGUAGGUUUGGCUGACAGAUUUGAAGAAUACCCUAAACUGAGGGAGCUCAUCAGGCUGAAGGAUGAGCUAAUAGCUAAAUCUAACACUCCUCCUAUGUACUUACAAGCAGAUAUAGAAGCCUUUGACAUCAGAGAACUAACACCCAAAUUUGAUGUGAUUCUUCUUGAACCCCCUUUAGAAGAAUAUUACAGAGAGACUGGCAUCACUGCUAAUGAAAAAUGCUGGACUUGGGAUGAUAUCAUGAAGUUAGAAAUUGAUGAGAUUGCAGCACCUCGAUCAUUUAUUUUUCUCUGGUGUGGUUCUGGGGAGGGAUUGGACCUUGGAAGAGUGUGUUUACGCAAGUGGGGUUACAGAAGAUGUGAAGACAUUUGUUGGAUUAAAACCAAUAAAAACAAUCCUGGGAAGACUAAGACUUUAGAUCCAAAGGCUGUCUUCCAGAGAACAAAGGAACACUGCCUUAUGGGGAUCAAAGGAACUGUUAAGCGUAGCACAGACGGGGACUUCAUUCAUGCUAAUGUUGACAUUGACUUGAUUAUCACAGAAGAACCUGAAAUUGGCAAUAUAGAAAAGCCUGUAGAAAUUUUUCAUAUAAUUGAACAUUUUUGUCUUGGUAGAAGACGCCUUCAUUUAUUUGGAAGAGAUAGUACAAUUCGACCAGGCUGGCUUACAGUUGGACCAACUCUUACAAAUAGCAACUACAAUGCAGAAACGUAUGCAUCCUACUUCAGUACCCCAAAUUCCUACUUGACUGGAUGUACAGAAGAAAUUGAGAGACUUCGACCAAAAUCACCUCCUCCCAAAUCUAAAUCUGAUCGGGGAGGUGGAGCUCCCAGAGGAGGAGGAAGAGGUGGGACUUCUGCUGGCCGCGGGCGAGAAAGAAAUCGAUCUAACUUCCGAGGAGAAAGAGGUGGUUUCAGGGGAGGCCGUGGAGGAGCACACAGAGGUGGCUUUCCACCUCGAUAGUUUUUAGGACAGUGAUCCUAUUAAUGCCCCUUCACCUUCUUUCUGAUAGUAUGAAUUUCAACUGGGAGAUGUUGUUUAGAACUCUGUUCCAACUUGCAUUUUGCUUUAGUUUCUCCAAGCUGCAGGAAUAUUUUAGGCAAACUCCCUUGCAGUUGUCACUGUCUGGUUUUGUCCAGAAUAAAUGAAGUCAUCCUGUCUUUUGUCAUGUGCAUGUAACCGAACAGAAUGGAACAACACAAAUACUUUCACUUUCAGAGACAGAAUUUAUUCUGAUAGAUUUCAACUAAUUACAAAGGCUUUUGCUUUUUAGAAAUAAAGUGAGCAGUGAAGAAGACCCAAUCUGGAGUAUCAUACUAGUGCUGACGGUAGUUGAUAAUGGGCAUCCUGCCACUGCUGUCACAGCAAAAGGGAAACUGUUUGACAGCCUUGAUGGAAUGGAGUUGGGACAGAUGGUAAACUUCUCUUAGGCUUUUAAUAUUUUCUUGUUGAAACAAUAAAAAGAGACUUCUUUUUUUUUUUCUUUAUGAAAAAUUUUAAACUCAUAUAAUUUGACCAUAGAAGAAAUUGAGAGACUUAGAACAAAAUCACGUCCUCCCAAAUCUAAAUCUGAUUGGGGAGGUGGAGCUCCCAGGGGUCGGAAGGGAAGAGGUAGAACCUAGUAGGCAGACUUUACAAAGAGAAAAAAAAAACUCAUUAUAAUCUCAGUUGUGCAGCUAUUGAUGACUGUUAAUAAUACUUCCAAAAAAACAAGGACAAAUAUCCAAGUGCUAGAACUUUGGUAUGGACUUGAUCUUGGAUUGACUUUCAAAGCAGUUUCAUAUUCCUUAACAAAAUAAAAGAAUUGGAUGCAACAGAGACGCCUGUUUAUCAGGUACUUGGUUUAAACAUUUUGGGGAAUAAAGUACGUGGUGAUGAGGAAAUGACAUGCAUCUUUAAACUUGUUAUGGAGAAAACUUAAUGUAAAACCCAAUUACAGAAGACCCUCGACUUAAGAAGAGAGCUUGGAAAAUGGAACUGCAGUUGCCUUUUAAGGGACUGGUUUCCCAGAUCAGUUAGUUAUAUGAGACUUUAUGUUGUCAUUUCUCUUUCUGUACUGUAACCCAUGUUUUAAAUGAAUUUGCUGAAUGAAAUAAUGCCAUUAUUGUUCUUGAUAAAUCUAUUUUUUAUUUUGUGUAUGAUUUUUCUAAUGAAACUUUAAACCUUUGAAAUUUGGGAGUCUCUUUUCUGUGAGUGGAAUUGUCAUUGUUACCAAAUGAAAAAGGACUGACCUAAGAUGAGACUAUUCUCUUGGUCUGUGAGUAGCUGUUCUGUGCUUUUCAUUGGCUCAUAAAACGAGGUUUUCUUAUAUCCACUAAAGACUCAGUUUGAAGAUAGGGACUGAAUUACAGAAAUAGGUUUGAGAUCCUUAAAAGCCUGAUGAAUUUAACUUGUUCAGCAUGUUAGUGCUUUCUAGUACAGAUAGCAUUUGACUAACGCUUUUCUUGAUGUAGAUAUGAUGUGGAACUGUUGGUUAGAAUUUUUACUGAAAUGAUGCUAUAUUUUCAACUUCAGUGAUUAAAACUUACCUAGAGAUAGAACUGUAUUUCUCACAGUUGACCUGGGAAUGAAGAAGACAGAGAUGCUGGUCUUGAGACUGAACCAAGAUGGCAGAGAAGAAGGAUGUGCUUUCACUCCCUCUUGUGAGAACACCAGAAUCACAACUAGCUGCUGGAUAGUCAUCGACAGGAAGACACUGGAACUCACCAAAAAAGAUAUCCCACAUCCAAAGACAAAGGAGAAGCCACAGUGAGACGCUCCUCUCUAAGAAAAGCGGAGCAGCCCAGAGCCCCUUAAUAAACAUACACUGACUUGAUCUCAGGGCCAUGGAGACCUGAGAGGGAGAUGGGGAGAGACCUCAUUCCCUAGGUAAGGCGGACAUCACUACUCAACUCCAACUGAUUGUCACCACAGAGGGAAGACGGAAUUCAGAGCAGAUGAUCAGAACAAAUUUGAUAUCUGUUGAGCCAUGAGCGUGGUUAAUGGAGCCACACAUGCAAAUCACUGUCUCCACCUGCCUCCUGUAUAAUUCAGAAGAGCCAGGACAUCAUCUUACUUCCUUUCACGUGCGGAAUCACCCAAAGGACCUGCAGCUACUAGCUUCACGCCAGCUGCAGCGAGGAAGGGCCUUAGGCUGAUAAACUCUGAACCAACCCUGAACUAAUAAUAAUAAUAUAACAACUGCUGCUACCAUUACAAGCCAGCUAAUUCCAUGUGGAUAUGGACACGUGUGAUGUCUUGGCCUGUCAGUGCCAAGCCCUGGGAGCUGACACUGGAACAGCUGUGUGGAUAGUCAUAUUCCACUCUGACAUGGGGAAAGAAACGAACCCCUUCAUGGAAACAUCUCCAAAGGAGUUUAAGAUGUGCAUCCUGGUGAGCCUGAAACCAAGGCACUUUUCUCUUUUCUUGUGUUUUCUCCACCUUUCACCAGGUAACACUAAGACCUCUGCCAUUGUCCAUUACCGGCAACAGCAAUGUGGGUCCAGCCUCAUUGUGGGUCCAAAACCUCAACAUUUUGAUUUUCAUGUGGUACUCACUGUAAAACCUUCUCUGAUGAAUGCAUCUGGCCAUCAUGUGAAGUGGGAAAUAGAAUGGGGAAUGAAUUUCGGCCUUGGGGGAAACUCAACUAUAAGGUAAAGUAAUUAAUAUCCUGCUCUACCACUUGAGUCUCUACAAAGUUGGACCACCCAGCACUUGUUGGUGGAAGGUCUCAGGGAAUUGCAUUUAUAGAAGUGUGGGAUAUGCUGUCUUGACAUGCUAGUGGUCUUCUCCUCAAGGGGAUUUUCAGAUGAUACCCUGAAAAUGUCAAGGAUUUUACAAACAACAGAUAAGUUUGCCACUGGUACAUAAAAAAAUCUGAUUAAGUAUUCAAGCUAAAAUUAUUUUAUUACACAAUUGCUUAUAUUUUAUUUACAUAUCAUAUUUGGAGCUUACCCCAGAUAUUUUAAUAACCAAAGCUGACAUGACCUUGAUAAGGAGUUACUGGAGCAGGUGGGAGAAAGCAGAGGAGAGGAAAGGGUUUUUUUUCCCCCUGGAAGGAGGGGCUACUGAGCACAAGGAUGAUCCCCAUGUUUAGUUUGGCCUCUUCUCUGCAAAUGGGGUCAACUGUGGAGAUGCAGUUGUUGCUGCUGGGACAAAGGUGGAUCAUCCUUGCUGUGCAUUCUGAGUACCAGCGGUCUUUAAUUUGUGUUUCAUAAGACCCUAAGAUUUCAUUACAUGUCUCCAGGGUGUUCAGAGAGUGAAGAACAUGUUUAUUUUGAACCUUCUCUGCCAUCUCUAGGUCCUGUCCUAAAACUGAACCCAAGUAGUGAUGUAAAAACAGUUCUGGAAAGGUUGUCCUUUCCAGAGAUUAUAGAGAUUAUAAAGCUCUAUAUUAGUUCAAAUUUCCUAAGUUCUACCCAAAGUUGAUAUUUGCAUGCGUGAGUAUCAAUGGUAAAGAUUGUUGACGUAAACUGAUAUCACAUUUAUGUUUCAGGGGAAAAAUAGCCCCAUAAUAUCCUGGCUCCUAUAGAGGCCUGCCUUCAGGUGAGUGUCCUGUACCUCUGCAGGAAGUAGUACAGUAAUAGACCACUGUCAUCUGUACAUUCCAAACUCCAGGAGAUUCUAAUAUUGAGCUUGAGAAGGAAGACAGAGGCGAGUACAUGGGAUUUAGCGACAAGGCAUAAUUUUCCUGAGAUACAGACAUUUUAAACUCCUCCUCAAACUCAAAAAGGAGUCCUUAGACGGACUAGAAUAGCAAAACUUUUCAGAGAUAAUAAAUCAAAAAUUAUAAAAUCCAAAUAUAACAAAUGUUCUAAGUAAUUUUAAGCACUGAUGGAAAAAUCAUUUCAAAGCCUGUUAAUAUUAUCAAUUGUUUCUAAGUUAAUACUUAGUAAGAUGACCCAUGGUUAACCCAUGGUGAUAGCUGUUUAUUUUUAUAUGUUUGUGAUUGACAAGUAGGUAGAUAUACUUAGAGGUUAAUGUGAGUUUUCUAUCAAAAAAUCAUGUUAUAAAAAUAUAGGACAUGCAUUUUAAAAGUUUGUAAGGAAAUUUUUUAAAAAAGACUUGAAAAAGGAAAAAAAUAAAAUCUCAUUCUUACCUUCAUUGAA